AAGCCUUUGCCUCUUUAUACAUUCAUGGCUUACAAUAGAAGUAUGUUUAUUUGUACAAUACAAAAGAUUCGCUGCAUAUAUACUUUCAUUUUUAUACUAUUUAUUAUUAAAUGCUCCGAAUCGGUGUCAAACUUUCGACUACAAGUUAUGCAAGGAUCGAAGUUAGAAGAAAAGAAGUCUCUCAAAUUGCGUGACAAGCGAGAUGCUGAUGUCCAGUUUGCAGAGAAUUACCUCGUAAACUACGGGUACGUUCCUCCCGACUCGUUAAAAUCCACCGGAGGCGCUGCAGAGCUCCAUAGUCGGAGCAAAGCUUUAGUGGAAAUGCAAAAUUUUCUUGGUUUAACUCCAACAGGCACAUUUGAUGACGCUACACUGGAAAUGAUGAAGAAACCAAGAUGCGCGAACCCCGACAAGAUGUCUGUAGAAAGCAACCUGCGCAAAAAGAGAUACGUCACCGUCGGUUCGCCAUGGCAGAAAAAUCUUAUCACAUACUCAAUCAACAAUUUCACCCCCAAACUUGGGCAGAAAUUAACCCACGAAGCUAUUGACGAUGCUUUUAGAGUGUGGGGUUCCUUUGUCCCGCUUCAAUUUAAAAAAGUCGACGCUUCACAAAACCCAGACAUUGUAACUUUUUUUGCUGAGGGGUUCCAUAACGAUAACACAAACUUUGACGGUGUUGGUGGUUAUCUUGCGCAUGCGUUCUACCCCGGGUCGGGUAUUGGAGGUGACACACACUUCGACGGUGCUGAACCGUGGACGCUACAUCAGGGGCCUAACAGGGGAAAUGAUCUCUUCCUGGUCGCAGUUCAUGAACUGGGGCACGCACUCGGUCUGCAGCAUUCACCGGACGUUAAGGCGAUCAUGGCCCCCGUGUACAAAUACCACGACACAGAAAACUUUCAGUUACCGCAAGACGAUAUUUUGGGAAUACAGAGUUUAUAUGGUGCCCGUUACUCUGGAACAGAAAGACCGAUCGUGCCCACCACGUCGAAGCCUACACCAGCUAUCACCACAACAACAACAAGACGUCCACCAUCAAGACCAAGAAAACCAACCCGGCGUCCCACUUCAAGGGCAACCGUUAAACCGACAACUGAACCACCCGAACCAGUGCUGUGUGACCUUACCAGUUAUGAUGCAAUUAGUUUCCUACGAAAGGAGUUGUACAUAUUCAAGGGAAAGUAUAUGUGGAGACAAAAGAGGGGGAGAAACACAUUUAAUGGACCGUAUAAGAUCACCAGUUUCUGGCCCCAGUUAAAGAAUGGGGUGGAUGCAGUCUACGAAAACCCCACAAGCAACAAAAUUGUUUUCUUCAAAGAUCAUUUAUUCUGGGAGUUUAGAGGAACACAGCUGCAACCAAAGUCUCCACGUCAUGUUCGUUACAUUGGGAUGCAGAAUGGCAAAGUAGAUGCUGCAGUGUGGUGGCAAAGAAACGGAAAGACUUAUUUUUUUAAAGGUGAUUAUUACUGGAGAUAUGGGGUGGGUAAAGUGGAAGGGGAUUACCCCAAACCGAUAGAUGUCUGGCGGGGAGUGCCACCAAAUGUUGACGCCUCCUUUUCUGGGGUGGAUGGAAGUCACAAUUUCACUUAUUUCGUCAAAGGGACAAGGUUCUGGACCUUCAAUAACUGGGAUAUCCAGGUGGUGAAAGGAGCUCUCUCGUUUAAAAAGCAUUGGUUGCACUGUGGGAUGAUUGAAACUGAAGAAAAGACUUUUGAAACAGCACCACCAUCGGCUCCAGUGCCCGCCAUCAUUGUGGUAUGCAUGGUUGCUGUAGCACUCCUAGCAGCAGCUAUCGCAUAUGUCGUUUGGCGCAGGAGGCGAUAUUCUGCAAAGCAAGCUACAAAAACUAGAAUUGUUGAGACACCUGGCGUGCCUUACCAAGCAGGGUACGGGGUACCAGUCCCAGGACGGGAAGGUGAAAAAACAAUGUGCGUUACAGCAGCUCAACAAAAAAUGCGUUGGUUUCGUUUCUCGCUUCAAGGAAGAGUUUGAGUUGUGCUUCUAAAGCAAGUCUGCGUCACAGAGCCUUUUAGUGCGUCAUAAUACCCACCAGUGCUUCAACCAUGUCAUGCGUCCUUCCUUUGAAGUUUCCACAUUAUGCAAGGGCGACACCGUGCGGCGAUCUUAAUAUAUUGCACUUGGUUCGAAAACUACGAUUUUAAACUGGUUGACAAGUUAUACUUGUUGUGUCAUAAUCUCAAUGACACAGUCGCAAAAUGACCUUUUAUUCGUCAACAAUAUAUUCUCUUGUUCUUUGUUAUCUCACAAUACUGAAAUUGAUGUUACUCUUGAGUUACGUCGUUAUACAUUGUGAUUAUGCUAUUUUCUUUGGUGCAGAUAGACUUAUCUAAAAAUUGGACAUUUUUCUACUUUUAGCCACAUAAUUACUUAAUUCGGGCGCAUGUUUUCUUUAAAAAUGGCCAUAUAAUUCCAUGUUUCGGCCACAAAAAGCCGCAUUCCAAUCAGAAUAACCGUUGAUCAUGAAGAUUCUAUUUGCCACUGUAAGCAGCACAACUUCUUGUGUGCUGGACUCUACCGUUGAACUUAUCAAGAUAAUAAUUUCAUGUUUAGCGUUACUUUGCGCCAAAAAACCUACACAGCAUAUCGUAAAAUACCUGUUGUUAUCUAGGCAAUUUAUUUCAAAAGUUGAACUUGAAAACAAAUAAGCAAUAAUCGUCCUAGAUGUCGCGAAAAUCAA